AUGGCCAUGGUGAUACACGAAGCACCACGUACACCCACAGUACGCCCCCAGGAGCUAGACCCCAGAACCGUGGAGGAAUCAGGGGCGGAACCUGUGGAAGAAAUAAAGGAGGUUGAAGUAAUGGAGGAACCGUUGAGAAAAUUGAAGGUAGGAAAAAGUCUUCAAAAUGACGUGAAGGAGAGACUGAUAAGGUUUUUGAAGGAUAACCUAGAAGUAUUCGCAUGGAGUUACGAAGAUAUGCUGAAGGAGCACUUGGGGAAGCCAUCCCUGUUGGAAAAACCUGAAAAGGGUGAAAAGCUAUACUUGUACUUGGCAGUGUCCGAACAUGCCGUAAGCGCGACUUUGGUUAAAGGGGAGAAGAAGCAUCAACGACCUGUGUACUAUAUCAGCAAGCGGCUGGUGGACGCAGAGAAUCGAUACCCUGAGAUUGAGAAGUUGGCAUAUGCAUUAGUGGUGGCUUCAAGGAAGUUGAGAACCUACUUCCAUGUCCAUGCAAUUGAAGUUCUCACUAAUAGUCCCCUGAGACAGGUCCUGCAUAAGCCUGAUACCUCGGGAAGACUGGUGAAAUGGUCGAUCGAGUUGAGUCAAUUCGAUAUCGUUUAUACCCCGAGAGCUUCAAUCAAUGGACAAGUUCUCGCAGACUUCAUAGUGGAGUUCACUAGUCAGCCAAAUGGAGGAAGAAGUGAAGAAGAGGGGCAGUCAGUUGCAGAAGAGGAGACAAGGAGUUUUGAGGGAUGGAGCCUGCACGUGGAUGGGGCAUCCAACGAAGGAGGAUCUAGAGCAGGCAUCGUGAUGACUGGACCCAAAGGACUCAGGAUGUACUGCGCAAUACAGUUUAGAUUCGAAGCCUCGAACAAUGAGGCAGAAUACGAAGCACUUCUGGCAGGACUACGAUUGGCUCAGGGGCUGAAGGUAACACAUCUACACAUCUUUAGUGAUUCACAGUUGCUGAUCCUGAGAGAGAAGAAUACCCAUGCUGAUGCCCUUGCGAAGCUGGCUUCCACUAGAGAUGGAGAUACCCUCGAGUCAGUGCCUGUAGAAUACUUACCAAGGCCAAGCAUUACUAAUCCAGACGUUCACAUGGUCAACGCCCCGAAGGAGUCAUGGGCUAGCCCGAUUAUAGACUAUCUGAAGGAUGGAGUGGUGCCAACAGACAAGAGGGAGGCUAGGAGACUAGUUUACAAGGCAGCCCGAUACACCUUGGUAGAUGGGGUCCUAUACAAGAGGGGGUUUUCUGUGCCACUCUUGCGGUGUGUUGAUGAGGAAGAAGCUAUGAAGGUGCAGUAUGAAAUACAUGAGGGUGAAUGUGGCAACCAUGCAAGUGGACCAUCCACGGCUCGGAAAGCCAUGAGGCAAGGGUACUACUGGCCUUCCAUGGAGAGAGAUGCUAAUGAUUUCGCAAGGAAAUGUGACAAAUGCCAAAGGCAUGCGAACUACCCCUGA